CGUGUGACUCGUGUCCUCAUCAUUCUCUCAAACCCACGAGGCAUUUUCUUUUCUACUUUUUUCCUCAACCUUUUUAAGUUCAAAAAAAAAAAAAUAGAAAGAGAAACCCCCCCCAACUUGUUUUCGAGAUAUCAACAAAAAUGUCAAAGACAAAAAAAUUCCCUUAAUAAUCCAAGAAAGAAAAAAUCAUAACGAUGACGUCUCUAUUCUCUAAACCUAGAGCUCUCACUUCUCAUAUCACCAACUUUAAAACUUACCGUCCGGUUAUCGGAAAACUCCACGUGGCAACUUUAACGCUUCUUCUCUUCCUAAUCGCCGCCGGUAUUGCCGUCACUUCCUCUCUAUGGCUUAACAAGACGACAAAAGCAUUUGAUCGACCGACAUUAGUAGCAACAAAACCAGAACCGGAGCUAGAGCCACCGCAUGAAACCGGAGUAUUGGUAAAUUGCACAAGUUUCUUGAAUCAAAACCGGUCCGGUUCUUGCUCAAGAACACCUCUACUUAACAAGAAAAAACCAUCUCAUCGACCGACAAUAACAACAAUAAAACCGGUCCCGGUACGUGUAUCAGAGAAGAAAUCACCGGAGGAAACCGGAAGCUCGGUAGAUUGCUCAAGUUUCUUGAAUCAAAACCGGUCUGGUUCUUGCUCAAGAACACUGCAAUCGGGUUAUAAUCAAAACCAAACCGAAUCUAACCGGUCUUGUCCUGAUUACUUCAAGUGGAUUCACGAGGAUCUAAAACCAUGGAGAGAAACAGGGAUAACAAAAGAAAUGGUGGAAAGAGGCAAAACUACAGCACAUUUCAGGUUAGUUAUUUUAAACGGCAAGGUGUUCGUCGAAAACUACAAGAAGUCUAUACAAACUAGAGAUGCGUUCACACUAUGGGGGAUUCUUCAGCUGCUGAGAAAGUAUCCAGGGAAGUUACCUGACGUGGAUCUCAUGUUUGACUGUGAUGAUCGACCAGUCAUUAGAUCGGACGGUUAUAAUAUAUUGAAUCGUACGGUUGAGAAUGCGCCACCUCCGUUGUUUAGAUAUUGCGGUGAUAGGUGGACGGUGGAUAUCGUCUUUCCUGAUUGGUCAUUCUGGGGAUGGCAGGAGAUAAACAUAAGGGAGUGGAGCAAAGUGUUGAAAGAAAUGGAAGAAGGAAAGAAGAAGAAGAAAUUUAUGGAAAGAGACGCCUAUGCAUAUUGGAAAGGGAACCCUUUUGUUGCAUCUCCUUCAAGAGAAGAUCUCCUCACUUGCAAUUUAUCCUCACUACAUGAUUGGAAUGCUAGAAUUUUCAUUCAGGAUUGGAUAUCAGAAGGACAAAGAGGAUUUGAGAAUUCGAAUGUAGCAAAUCAAUGCACUUACAGGUACAAGAUCUAUAUAGAAGGGUAUGCGUGGUCAGUGAGUGAGAAAUACAUAUUAGCAUGUGACUCAGUCACAUUGAUGGUGAAACCUUAUUACUAUGAUUUCUUCUCAAGAACUCUUCAACCUCUCCAACACUAUUGGCCCAUUAGGGAUAAAGAUAAAUGUAGAUCCAUCAAAUUUGCUGUUGAUUGGCUUAAUAAUCACACUCAAAAGGUACCCUUCUCCAUCUUUUUUAUAAUCUCUUUCUACAUUAUCUUACUUAUAUGAACAUGAUCAUUUUUUUUUUCUGGAUCUAUUUAUAGAUAUGUAUAAUACAAUAUCACAUCAAACUAGUUCGUCAAAAAUAAUUAGGUUUUGAAGAAAAAUAAAGGGUUUAUCUGUAUUAUGCAAACAAAAGCUCAAGAGAUAGGAAGAGAAGCAAGUGAGUUCAUGCAAAGAGAUCUAUCAAUGGAAAAUGUUUAUGAUUACAUGUUCCAUCUGUUGAAUGAAUACUCCAAGCUUCUUAAGUACAAGCCUCAAGUUCCAAAGAAUAGUGUUGAGCUAUGCACAGAAGCCUUGGUGUGCCCUUCUGAAGGGGAAGAUGUUAAUGGGGUUGAUAAGAAAUUUAUGAUAGGCUCUUUAGUUAGUAGGCCUCAUGCUUCUGGCCCAUGUUCACUUCCUCCUCCUUUUGAUUCCAAUGGUCUUGAGAAGUUCCAUAGGAAGAAAUUGAAUCUCAUCCGGCAAGUGGAGAAAUGGGAAGACUCUUACUGGCAAAAGGUUCUGUAAAGUGAUAUAAUCUAAAUUUGAUGAUCUAAGUUUAGUUGGGGAUUUUUAUAGUACCUUUUUUUAUCUAUUGGAUAACGUUAGAUUGAUUAUAAUUUUGAGGAAUUAAAAUUCUUUCUUAUAAACAAAUGAGAUAUGUACUAUUUUCUAAUAAUUUACUUAUCUUUCAC